AUGACUUGCUCUGCUGCUGCCGCUGGCUUCGGAGCCGCUGCCAUUUACGGCGCGCUUGCAAACUCGAUUGCUAUCCGCAGAUGUAGUCGCCGCCGUGAUGAAGGAUGCAUGAAUGAUCUCUCCGGCGCGGGUGGAGCGCGGCGGCAUCCACAUGGUCGACUGGGCCGCGACCUGGCCCACGGCGGCGGCGGCGGCGGCGGCGGCGACGGCGGCGAAGAGGGAGGUGAGCGCCGGGAAAAUCACGCCAGGUUAAGAUUCGGAGGGGUGGGCCGAUAUGCUCCUCGGCUUGCGAAACUUCUGCGCAGAAGCCCCAGCACUUUUCCCUUGCGGAUAUAA